AUGAAGUCUGCCGCUGUUGUGCUCUUGGGCUCAUUGUCCACCAUGGUUGCCGGACACGGCUACCUGGUCACACCAGACAGCCGAACCAAGCUCGGAUUUGACGCUGGAACUGAUACAUGCCCCGAGUGCACCAUCCUCGAGCCCGUUGAAUCUUGGCCCGAUCUCGACGCCGCCCCGGUUGGCCGUAGCGGACCUUGCGGAUACAAUGCCCGUGUGAGCGUCGACUACAACCAGCCCGGCAAGGACUGGGGUAAAGAGGUUGUCAAGACUUACAAAGCUGGCGACGUUAUUGACGUUGUGUGGUGUGUUGAUAACAACGGUGAUCACGGUGGCAUGUUCACCUACCGUAUCUGCCAGGAUCAGGCUCUCGUCGACAAGUUCCUGGACCCUGACUACCUGCCAACCGAGAAGGAGAAGCAGGAGGCCGAGGCCUGCUUCGACGAAGGUCUUCUUGACUGCAACAGUGUGGAUGGACAGGAGUGCGGCUAUAGUGCCGACUGCGGUGAGGGCGACGCUUGCCACCGCAAUGACUGGUUUACGUGCAACGGCUUUGAUGACACCAAGUGCAAGGGUGUCGACGGCGCUGAGCUAGGAUCCUGCAAGACAACAAUUGCCGAUGGUUACACAGUCUCGAAGCAGAUCAAGCUUCCCGACUACGUCUCGAACCACACUUUGCUCUCCUGGAAGUGGAACUCUUUCCAAACCGGUCAGAUCUAUCUCUCUUGCUCCGACAUUGCUAUCCAGUAA